AAAUUAUUCCCCAGAGCACCGUGCGCGUGCAGAUAUACUUACCAUAAUUAUCAGUGAAGUGAUAACACAUAAAUCAUCACUCUCAUCUACUAUAAAAAAAAAUUUAAAUAAAAAUAAAUAAAUAAAAUCAACAAUCAGAUGGCAAACGAAACCGAAGCAAAGAAGAUCAUCAUUGAUACCGACCCUGGAAUCGAUGAUGCUAUGGCAAUAUUCCUCGCUUUACGCUCACCAGAGGUUGAAGUUAUUGGACUUACAACUAUCUACGGAAACGUUUACACCACUCUUGCAACAAGAAAUGCUUUGCAUUUGUUGGAGGUUGCAGGAAGAACUGAUAUACCAGUUGCUGAAGGAUCUCAUGUUACAUUAACUAAAGGAACGAAACUUCGCAUCGCAGAUUUUGUCCAUGGUGCAGAUGGACUUGGAAACCAAAAUUUUCCGCCACCAAAUGGGAAACCACUUGAAGAAUCAGCUGCUGCUUUUUUGGUUAACCAAGCUAAAGCUAACCCUGGAAAAAUUACAGUGGUGGCAUUGGGCCCUCUUACAAAUAUUGCUUUGGCUAUACAGAUGGACCCGGAAUUCGCUAAGAACAUUGGGCAGAUUGUUCUGCUUGGUGGAGCUUUUGCAGUAAAUGGCAAUGUGAAUCCAGCUGCUGAAGCAAAUAUAUUUGGUGAUCCAGAUGCUGCAGAUGUUGUAUUCACAAGUGGUGCAGAUGUUCUUGCAGUUGGAAUAAAUGUUACUCACCAAGUUGUAUUGACAGGUUCUGAUCGAGAAAAGUUGGCGAGUUCAAAAGGAAAAUUUGCUCAAUACUUGACAGGAAUCUUAGAAGUGUAUUUUGCUUACCAUUGUGAGGCAUACAACACCAAAGGGGUUUACCUUCAUGACCCAACAGCAUUGCUUGCAGCUAUUGAUCCUUCACUUGUAACUUGCACGGAAGGUGCUGUUAGAGUACAAACCAGUGGCAUUACAAGAGGACUUACAAUACUCUACAAUAAACAGAAAAGGUUUGGUGAAAUCACUGAAUGGUCCAAUAUACCAACAGUAAAAGUAGCAGUGACAGUUGAUGCUCCUAGAGCUGUGAAAUUGGUCAUGGAUCGUCUUAUGGCUUGAAGUAGAGCUAUGAAGUAUGAAGCCGUUCAAUUAGCAUUAUUGAUUCUUGUCAAUUUACUUUGUACCUGGUUUCAAUGUUUUGAGCAGAAAACUAUGACGCUAUCUUCAAAGUUGUUGUGUUCAUUCUUCAUGGUAUAAUUGUGUUUUAGGGCCCUUAAGCAUUACUUUUAACUUUACAUUUUACUUUUAACUUUACAUUUUA